GCAGUGCACCAAUCAUUUGCAUUCAGCUGAUUAUGAAACUGUAGGAUCUAUUGGAUCGUGCAUUAUAUUUUGUGACCAACUUGUAGUGGCUUGUCUUAACCAGUUGAGGGGUGACAAUGUGCCCAUUUUGAUUAUUUUAUGUUUUUUUGUUCUUACAAAAUGGAGGUGGAUAAAUUAAACUCGAUAAUGGAGUGUUGGGACGCACUUGUGGCUGCAUACCCAGAUGAUCCGGCGCCCAUCGAUUAUGCAAAAGCUAUCCGGACAGCUAAUAUAAUUAUUGCCGAAGAAUUAGCGCCAUUUGAGACAGAAUGGCUAACAACAACGUUAUUCUUCAAGCCCAUAUAUCUAUUUGAUACCAUAAAAUCUAACACAAAGCGUAAAGACGAAGGAUGGGUCAAGAACAUAGCAGAUUCUUUUAAAAUUUUAUCAAAAUUGAUCGAUUCCAACUGGGAUGCUGUCGAGAGCUACAAACAAGAGAUUAUUGAGCUCGGCUCGCUCUCAUUUGACGCUCAAACGCGUAAGGAAGCCAUCUUAUGUCUCCUGAAAAUCGUGAAACGUCCUUCAGUCGUUCUUACAGAUGAAUUCGUUUCGAACGUUAUCAGAGCUUUUGAUAAGGCUACGAACUGUAAGGCUCCACUGGCUGAAUUAGUUGGUGCUUUAUGCAGAUAUUUUCCUGAGAACGUUAAGAAUGGGGAUCACCACAAACUACUUAUAUAUUAUCAGAAUAUGCUCGAGAGACAUAAACAGAGUAAAAAUUUGACAAGCUCCGUUCUAAUGGGUGUGUUGAAGGGUAUUGACGAUUUGUUAAUCAAUUUUGGGAAAGAUGAGGAAAUUUACGUACUGAAGAACUUGUAUACAUUGAUGUCCGGUGAUCUGCAGCAGCUGAACUCCAAGGUCAUGGAUGUGGUAUUAUCAAUAUUGGAACAUCACGCUGGUCUGUUCAAGGAGGUAUUAGCAAAUGACAAGAGUUUACGCGAUUAUUUAUGGCAGAUGAAUAAAAAGAACGCUAUGGACGCUUUAAUUAAUAUAUAUGAAGUAAUUUUACCAUCAAAUCCGCAAAAAGAGAUAAUAAUAUUAUCCGAAAUAAUCCCACGGAGAUCUUCACAAUCGAUACUGGUGAAGCAUACCGCUUUGAAGGUUCUGAUGCAGGCCAGCGCUGGGGAAGGCGAGGGUCUGGUCCUCAGCAGCGGAGUGGAUUUGGAGUACCAGCUGAUGACCAAAAGGGUGGACUAUGAUGGAGCCGCUACUAUAUCCUGGUGCAUAGAAUGUAAUCUAUCGAAUAGUGGGAACAUGUUGCUGACAUCUAUAAUGUUCUACGACAAUUUACCGACUAACAAGAAAAGGGAUAUUGUGGUCAAAGGCAUCAUGAAGGCCAACGACGAUAUUAGAAAGGCAGCACUAAUACUACUCCUGAAACUCAGCCUUCAGGAAGGUCUAGACAAGUACAUAUAUAUCUGGAGGUCUAUCCUGGACAAUUAUGCUGGCCCCGACUUGGCUAAAGCCGUGAUGAUAUUCAAGGAGACCGUCCAACUUAUACUCCAAGACUUGGCUAUUGCACUUGCUAAUAAAGAGAAGUCUUUCAUGGAUGUCAAGCCUACUCUAUCAUUGCUGUCAGUAUUACUGAGUCUGCAACAGACAGAGUGUGAUUGUGUAAAGUGGUGCCACUCCAUCCUGCCCUCGAUCGUCCACCUCGCCAGCUUUUAUAGGCAGGAACCUUUGAAAAUGAUCCAGGAGAUGCCUGAUGAUGAGAUGCCCUACGUGGAGAUGUUUCAGGAGGACACGGUCUACAAGACUUUGCUUAACGUCAUGAGUACGGACCGACAAUCUAUGUAUGACGGGACCCUAUCCUCGUUUCAGGCGAUCUUCUCAAAGGAAGACACUGAUUACAAAGUAUUGAUAAAAAUACUUGGCAACUUGGAGACAGUCAUUGAGGAUAACUCGAACAAUCUGGAUAAACGACAACUUUCAUUGGUUAUAAAUCAGAUUGAGAGACUGAAAUCUAAGGUAGUCCUGAAUAACAAAGACGCGAGAGCCUUCCAAAAAGAUGCCAUUAUGUUCUUGGCUAAGUUCGGACGAUUGCGGGCGCAAGCAAAUUUCUCCGAGGAUAUUUAUACUUUGAAACUGAAGAAUAAAGUUAAUUUGAACGUACCGAACGUCGUGCAAGGGCUGAUUUUAAAGAUUGAUCUGCAAAGGAUUCUGCAACUCUGUCUUGUGCGUGGCGAAACUGAGGCGUUGUAUUGUUUGCUGGUCAUUUUAACUGCUAAUUUACGCGACCGACCCGACCCCGAUUUACAAGAAGCAACGAUUCGAGUGAUUCACGAAAUCUUUAGAAGCUCUUCGGGGAGAAGCGAGACGGAGAUAGCUGUGCAUCCCGCUCUGUUCUUCUGUAAUACUGCUGCUUGUGUUCAGGCUAUAAUUAAGGGAAUCACAGAAGAAUUAGACCCAAAUGUCCGGAGGAAGUUAUCAGAGCACCUCCACCUCUUGCUAACCCAGGAUCCAGGGUCGGAAACCACGGAGGAACUGCUUAACGUGGUGGCUGAACAUUCCUCCUUCAUGAUCACCAGGGAUAAAGCAUCAGUAUACCUACCAGAUUUAGACAUACUAAGAGCAUUCCUACCAUCGAUCCUCGACAAUAAUGCGUUAAUAAUAGAAUAUUUACCAAAAAUACUAACUUGCACGUCAAAAAUAAACGAUGCAUGUGACCUCUUUGAAAAUGCAUCCAACGUUUUCGUUGAAAAAGUCGACCUUUUCACACAAGAUCAAAUUUUACAAUUAUUAAAAGAUAUUAUCGAAAAUUAUUCAGUUAACCUUUACAAUACUGAAUCGAUAAUAAAUAAUGUAACGGAUUUCAUAAAACGUAUCUUCGAUAUAAAAAAAUAUGAAUUGAAAAUCUUAAUUGACAUUACACUGUCAAUGUUGCAAGCCUUAACGGCUAUAUCUCCGCAAUUUUCGCAUCUGGUAACAUUGUUUGCUUAUUUGAAUUCGACUUUCGAAUUCGAUAACGGUCUUAGGAGGAUGGUCGUUGAGUUUGAAAAUUCAAAAAUAUUGGAACAGUUUUUGACGUUGGAGAAUUUUGAAGAAGACAUAAUAAAUGCUGGAUUUCUUUUUUUGAGAGAAUUCUCUGAUGAAUUGCUAGAAGUUAAUACUGAGAAAACAUACAAAUUUCUGGGCCUUCUAAUCGAGAAUGUCACGCCACAAUCAAUAAUAACAUUUAAAAUUAACAUCACAACAUGCUUAUCCAAAUUCCAAACACGACCUAGAUCUUUAGACCCAGUCAAAGAGAAUUUCCGAAAGUGGUUCGAAAAACUGAACCUCGAGGAAAUGACAGGCCUCGUCGAAAAAUGGUUUCAUAAUACAGAUCAUGAAGAAUUGAUAACACAGUUCGCGAAAAGAGAGUUAUUCGCAAAAUUCACAAAAGAAAUAUCCAUAAAAGUACACGCAUUAAAGAUUAUAAGCGAAUAUUCAUUUUUCGAAUUCGACGCGAAAAAUUUGACUCUGGUCGCAAUGCGAAAUAUCGACGGAAAGCUAGGAAGAAUCUUCUUGAUCGAUCUUCUGUCGGUUUGCGAAAAACAUUUAUCCGACGAUGAAUUUUCGUUAUUAUUACAAAAUCAUUUUGAUUUUUUGAAAACAUACUGUGGAGUGUAUUUUAAGAGAUUUAUACGUCAACCGUACGUUUUAAAAGAUGAAGUUCAGUCAUUGAUUUUAAUUGAUAUCAUGAAUUAUUUCGCUACGGCAUUUAACAAGGAUUGUUUUCAACAUGUUUUAAAUUUGAUUAAUUAUCUAUGGCCUUCAUUUGAAAACAUAAGCAAUUUUGAAAGCAAGUUAUCAAUUCUGACAAAUGUACUGAGUUUGCCUGAAACUGUGGGCUUGGACUGCCCACCAGUGGGCUGGGCUAGUACUCUAAUGAGUGCCAAAAAUACAAAACUUGAAGAUAGAAUCAAAAUACUCCAUUCUUUACCGGCGGGAGAUGAGUUCAAAUCCUUGUACCUUGAGUUCGCCUCACAUAUACCGGUCCGGUUAUCCGACAUGCAAGAACAUGAAAAGUUCAUACCAGGCUUCAGAGCUCUGCUUGAUUCCCUCGCGAGAAACGGAGACAAGACUUUACUGAAUAUCGUCCUAACUUUGGCUAAAGGUGACGAAACAAAAGGUUGGUGGGAUCAAGCAUUCAGUGCUUGCAUGAAAUCUUUAGCGGCAAAGGAAGACUUACAAAUAUUAAACGAAGUAUAUAAAAAAGUUGUUGAAGCCUCAUCCAAGAUUUUGUGUGAGAGAAUUCUGUUACCGUUGCUUCGGCACACACCUCGUAAAUUAUUUGAAGAAUACCUGUGCACGACUGUGACAGACUUACUUAAUAUCAUCAAGCACGGCGAGAAAGGACCAAGCAAUACGGACCACUAUAAGAAGCGUGUAGCUAAUUAUUCAAUCGUUUUGAACAUAUUGAAGAUUGCAUUCGAUAAGUUACCAACGCAAUAUUUGGACACGGGUCCAAUAAACGAGCGAGCCGGUUCUAGCCAGCCGUGGUACUUCCUGAAGACUGUGUCAAUGUACUGUGUGACUGUCCGUCGGUCGGUACAUUGCCCGGACGGCGCUAGCGAGGAACUCAAGCAGACUUGUCUUUGGUUGCAAACAUCAUCCUACAACUGUCUGAGUGCUGCCAUCUGCCGGCGGAAGAUUACCCAAAGCUUAUCUUCCCAACUAUUUAAUGUCCAAGUGUGGGCAAGUAUAGUGGACAAGGAUGCUGUCUAUCCAUUCUAUUUGAAGUCAUAUAUGAGAUCUAGGGAGGGCAGUAAACCAGCGAAGCGUUCACUUAAUUCGAUGGCCACCACAUCGUCAUUUACGGGAACGCUCCGAAGCACCAUAUUCCUCACAACGCUCUCCGAGAAUCCUCUUCACUUUGAUCUGAUACCACAUGAUGAUGAUCAGGAAGAAGAAGAGGAAGUUAUACAAGAAUUUGAAGAUAAUGUCCUAAACGCACACGGCUGUCUGUCCACGAUAACAUAUCUGUUUGAACACGCGAGUAAACUAGACCACUACGAGUGGAGGGAUACCGUCGUCAGAGCGCUCUCAGACGAUACCGAACUACAUACGAAUGCUAAAUGGAUGCUAGCACAGGCUAUUUGCAAUGCUUCAGAGGAUCUGAAACCCCACGCGUCCGUCCUCUGUCCAGCUCUGUUCAAGCUAAUAUCAGAUACUAGCUCUUCAAGUCCUAAUGACAAUGGGAAACCAGUUCUGAACAAUUUACACAUCGAAAUCCUUACAACAAUUAUAAAAUGGGGCGUCAAUGAUCUAGCCAAAUCUCCCAACAUGGACGCUUGCAUAGAACUCCUUAUAAACACGUGUAUUGAUAAUAAAUCACAAUACAACGUACAGAGAAGAUUGUUAGACGCACUGAAUGGGAUACUGCAAUUAUAUGGAAACGUUAUAAUAGUGGAAUGGGACGUAUUCCAAGAUUAUUUCUAUGAUCUGCCAACAAGUCUGAUAUCAAUAUUGCCGAUUCUCGAGAGAAUACUCAAGAACGGGUCCUCCCUACCUAUCCUGCUCCCUGCAAUGUUUUGCAAUGAAAACUCCAAUCAUUGGAUAAAUAACGCAACAAAAUUAUCAGAAAUCACCGGUUUGGCAUUCCUUAAUUCUGAUGCAGAGUCUCGCAAGAAAAAUUUGGAUAAAUUCCGGCGAAUGCUUCAUUCUGUAAGGAGUAGCAACGUCGGGAGUUACGUCAAGAUGUUAUUUUACUCGCAAAGAAAAUUCGCACCGUGUUGUGAUGAUAAACAUUUAAAAAUCAUCACAAAUCUAGCGACGAAAAUUGAAAAAUCAAAAUGUUUAUCGAUAAUAUCGACUUAUUUCGAAAACGCAUCGACAGUUGAUAACAUCAAUGAUAUUAUCGAAAUUAUCAAUCUACAAGAAACCUUUGACAGUGAUAUGAGGGUGGAAGCUAUGAAGGUAGCGAGGCAUGGCCUGAAAUUCAUGUGUUUGGAUGUGAAAACUGAAAUACUGAAAGGGGUUGAACCAAAUUGUAGGAGUUCUUCGGUGACCGUACGAAAAGAGGCUCUGAAAGUAUUCUUAAAGGCUUUUCAAGAGCUCGUAAAGCGAGUAGAAGUCACCAACCCAGCUAAGAAAAUGGCGCUGGACACUACACCAAUACUGGAUAUCAUUGAUUCUGCUAGUACCUUAGAUAGAGAUGUCGUGAAGAUCGUCUCCGAUGGCAUGUUUGAUCAUGAUGAGACGGUGGCAAAGGAAAUUUGUGAUGGAGUCGAGGAAUGCUUGUCACAGGAUCUUAAGAUCAGAUUCGCUGAAUUAUUCUAUAUAAUAGUUUAUCAACGCAGUUUAACUGAAAACAGCUUUCAGUUAUGUUGUUACGGUUCAAAAUUGAUUGAGAUGCUGUUCAGCGGUUUGAGGAGUGAGGAGUCGUUUGAGGAACACCGGUUAAGAGACGAAGGUUUGGCGCAAAGCGUCCUUAGAGCUUAUGAUAGUCCUGCUACGACUCAAACUAGGACUGUUAGAACGUCACUGAGAUCCGGUAUGACAUACAGACAAAAAAUCGAUAAAGGUACUGAAAAACGAGACAUCGACCUACAAAUGCCUAUUACAGAGAUUUUGGAAGUUUUCAUUAAGGCUUCAAAGAUUAAUUCGCAAAUUUGUCAGGAGCUAUGCGUUCAGGUCAUGAAGUGUGUAGUACAAAUCUCUCAUCGCAGGUUUGAUUUGGAAGCGACCUUAGCUAAACUGUUAUCGCAUAUCAUUCGGAGACCACCGUUCUGCCUAACCCCCUUAGUCUUGGAUGCUUGCAGAAUAUUUAUUAAAGAUAUAAGCAAGAUCGAAGGGUUCUCAGAUUCUGUGAAGUCUCUGAAGCAAGCCGUUUCUAACAGUGAAGGGUACUUAUAUACAAACAUAUUACUCGAAGAUUUACUUAUAAGGAAUGGUGAUAAGAAUUUUUUCGUAUUCAGUUUUGAAAAUGAGGAUUAUGAUUCUACAAUGAAAGAAGCAGGAUUUACAAUGGAAGGAUUAAUUCAGGCCUUCGGUAGUUUGUCUAAUUGGAACGACCAAAGGCUGCAGGACAAGAAAAGGAUUGAGGAUACACUCCCAAAGCUGUGGACGAAAAACGAAGAGUUUACUGUGUCCCUCAAAGAUUACUUUGAUAAUAAUAAGAAUAAUUUAGAUUAUAAUCUGUGGUUCAACAAAAUGAUAGCUUCUUACUAUACAGAUGCGAUCACCCAAAACAAAUUGAGUUGGCUUAAACAUAUAGAGAGGUGGCCGAAGAACGACUUUGUUACAAGCGCCAUCAUUGAAGCGAUACAGUGGCACCAGAAUGAUGUAAAAAUGUUUGGAACUAUCACUCGCGAUGACUGCCUCGCCGAAUGGUCAGCUCGUCUGAUGAUUAGAUCAUCAUUCUUCAACAAUUUGGACUCAGACGGCGACAGUUCAUUGAGCCUCUCAAAACAGGAACUGCUAUGGUGCAAGGAGGCCAAUGAUAGAGGUCUACCCUCCCUCGUUCUUCAGUGCAUCGAGAGGAAUAAGGAUAAUAACAUUCCAGAAGAUGAGAUCCUGCCCUGGUUUCUCGAGAAAGUAAAGGCGUAUAGAGCCACGGGCCUCAAACAGAAAGACCUAGGCAUACUGGAGAAGGCGUUAACCGCUGCAGAAACGUAUAAGUUGGAAACAGCUUCGCAAUCUUCUGUAGAAAAAAAAUUUAGCAUACAGAAAGUCAUACUGGAUCUACAUUAUGAUUUGAAUUCGAUUUCAAAACUUAAAAUGGAUGAUAUUAUACAAGAAGUGAGUUCUAACAUUCAGGAUGUAAACAUCUCUGAAAUUUCAAAAAAUAGUUGUUCAGAUCUCAAAUCUGUGUACGAUAAGGCGCUGGCGUAUUACGACGACAUUUGGCCCGAGAAUGAUGAAAUAUCGCAGAACGAUUUAAUAUUGGCAAUGAUUAGAAUAAUAGAAAAAGUGUUAGAUCUUAAUCUGACGAGAGACUGCAACCUUUUGUUGGCGAUUUUGUUCAAUCGGAUCUCCCAGCCUGGAGUUACUGUGGGCGAUGUCGCAGCUAAAGCCUUACUAGAACAGAUAUACCGAGUUUUCCCGCGACUAGACUUCUGCAGUAUUGCCAUACUCAAAAAAAUUAUAUCAAUGUUGCCAGCCACGGUGGUGGAUGAAAAAUAUUUAUUAAAAUUGCAAGAUGUCGAUUUGAAUACUUGCAAAGAAUAUUUCAAAUUGAUUUGUGACGCCAAUUAUGCGUUGUUGCAAUUCUGUGAAGAUUUGAGGAAAAAUGUUUUAAACGACGAAGAGUUCGAUGUAAUAUUUAAAAAGAUGAAAAUACAAAUUUUUGAAAAUGAAUUUGGCGGGACCGAUUACCAGUCGUUGAGUACGUUGAAGACGAGACUCUACGCCUUAGAAAAUAUGGAUGAUAUUGAUUCGAAAGCGGUAGUUUUAAAAGAAAUAAUUAAUGAAUUGAGGAAGAAACCCGACAGGACCAUAUUGAGAUUGUCGCAAUUAUGUCCGGGGCUAUGCUCGCCUAAAAUACUUGAAAAGAAUAAAGUACACUUACAACGACUAUUACGCCUACCCCCCAACGUGCACGUCGUGAAGUUUAUUGAACAAGUAACAGUAUUCACAGACUCGAUACGUCGUCCGUGUGUGUUGAAAGCAUUUCUAUCAAACGGACAGAUCCGCAGAUUUAUAUGUAAGGGCGGGGAACCAAUGUUAAGGGAUGCCUCUAUACAGCGCGCUGUUUCAGCUAUACCUCUGCUUAUACCACAUUCAAACAGUCGCAGUUAUAACGUAACACCACUAGGCGAGGAUUCGGCUAUUAUCGAAUAUUUAGAAGACCACAGAAGACUCAGGGAGUUAAUUGAUAUUAACAUAUUACUAGAAAGAGUUAAUGAAGAUAAAUUAAUUCUAGCGCCGGGUUUAGCAUUGGAACAAUAUAACGAAAUGUGUGCUCAAGUUACCCCAUAUGUACUCAGAUCUGCCAUAGAGGGAAACUGUUCAUGUGUGCAGGAGUUCAUAGCAAAGAAACGGGUGUUUGAAGAUACGUUGAGUUCAAUGACUAUAUUGUGCUGGCUUUUCGGAGUGGGGGACCGUCAUCUUCAGAAUAUAAUGUAUAAUACUAGAGACGGUGGGGUCUGCGCUGUGGACUGGGCGUCCAUCUUCAAUUAUGGAAGCCGGGAGUUGCCCCCAGCUAGGCUUACUGCCAAUCUCUUAGCUGUUUGCGAUAUCAAAGUACUGGAAAGUCGAUUGCAACAGAUGUUAUUAUAUUUGAGAAAACAAAAGAAAAUUUUCGAAACAUAUUUGAGAAUAUCGUUUUAUUGGUUGGCUCCAGAAUUUAAGGAGUUAAAAUACUUAAACGACAUUCUUGAAGGGAAAACAGUAUCUUAUUUGAUAACCAGAGAAUGUAUAGACGAGUCGGAUAUUAAGAAUAAAAUGAAAUAUAUUGCCCUAUUGGAUGACAUCUUUCAGAAUUUCUCACCAAAACAAACUUACAGCGUAGAGGAACAGGUAUCAUGUCUACUGAAACACUGCACUCAACCAAGUAUUCUGGCUGUCACUCGACGCGGUUGGGAAGCGUGGUUGUAACAUUAUCGUAAUCAGAAUCAUUAUUACUUUUAACUAGCUUCCGCCCACGGCUUAGCCUGCGUGGUAUGUUGAUAAAUAA